CCCCACACCCAACCAACCCUCAACGCUGCUCAGCUUUGCCUCCAUCCCUGCUCCUGGCACCAUGCCCCAGAGCCAGUCAACCUUCCCUCCCUCAACUCUGGGGCCGCCCCUGGGUCCCUGAGCUCUGGCCGCUCUUCCUGGGUGUCACUGGCUGCCCAGUCCUUCUUAGAAAGAAUGGCACCAAAUUCUCCUGAGACUGGGGACUCCCGAUGACACUAGCCUCACAACGGAGUGCCAGGAGCACCGAUAGUUCCCCCAGCUUGCUUUUUUCUUUCCUCCAUCUUUUUUUUUUUUUAAUUCUCAAUUUUUUUUAAUUUCUCCCUUGCGUCAUACUACCUUCCCUUCCGCACUACUGCCUGUACCCCCGCUCCUUAUCACCUCCUUCCCACCCCAUUUAGGAGGCCCCAGCUGUUGUUAGGGUCUCUGGCUUAUGAUAGCCACAUCUCCUUUCUUGCUAGCCCCCAAAGCACCCCUGAGCCACAUGGGUGGUCCAACCCGAGAGCCGGCACUCUCCGUUGCUCUCUGGUUGAGUUGGGGGGCAACUCUGGGGGUGAUAGCCUGUGCCAUUGCUUUGCUGACCCAACAAACAGAGCUGCAACACCUAAGGAGGGAGGUGAGCCGACUACAGAGAAGCAGAGGGCCCUCCCAGAAGGGGGAAGAGUAUUUCUGGCAUAGCCUCCAGGAACAAAAGCAGAGCCCUGAUGCCCUGGAAGCCUGGGAGGAUGGGUGGCGAUCUCGGAGAAGGAGAGCAGUAUUCACUCAUAAUCGGAAAAAGAAGCACUCAGUUCUGCACCUUGUUCCCAUUAACAUCACCUCCAAGGAGGACUCUGAUGUGACCGAGGUGAUGUGGCAACCAGCUCUUUGGCGUGGGAGAGGCCUGGAGGCCCAAGGACAUGUUGUCCGAGUGUGGGAAGCUGGAAUUUAUCUGCUGUAUAGCCAGGUCCUGUUUCAUGAUGUGACCUUCACCAUGGGUCAGGUGGUAUCCCUGGAAGGCCAGGGAAGGCAAGAGAUUCUUUUCCGAUGCAUACACAGUAUGCCCUCUGACCCUGACCGGGCCUAUAAUAGCUGCUUCAGCUCUGGUGUCUUCCAUUUACACCAAGGGGAUAUUGUCAAUGUCAGAAUUCCUCGGGCAAAGGCCAAACUUAGCCUCUCUCCACAUGGAACCUUUCUAGGGUUUGUGAGACUGUGACUGUGUUAAUAAAAGGUGGUUCUGAACUGAGA